AGAAAUGUAAUGUCACUUUUCCAUUUAUUCUAAAUGCAAUGUGAAUUUUUCGCGAACUCUGAUUAGAAUAAUUUCAUUCUUUGAAAUCAUUCUUUUAAUUCAUUUUACGUAAGUUUGAUUACUGACAAUUUUACCGAAAAAUUAAUUUGGCAGAAUUUACGUAGACAUCGAUCAAAUUGCGAUUAAUUCUCUUGACACUUGUGGAUGUGUUUGCUAAUCGAUAGUCUCAUCAAAGACGCAGUUUUUACUUUACGCUUAUUUGUUUGAGGAAUUCCUCCUCUCGAUAACGAAAUAUCUCUGUUCCAAUACAUUCCAAUACAUUCCAAUACAUCAGUGACAUAGCGCAAAUUACAACGCAAUGCUAGAGAGACAUUCUAGAGACAUGGAAUUACGAGAUUCCACGAUAUUGCAAUUUUGAGAACGUUACAAAAAUGUGUGGUGCGAUCAUUAAAGUGUUUACAUACAAAAUUCUCAUUUUAUCUAAUAUCGUUGUUUAACGUAAUCAUUAUUUACGAAUCAAUCCUGCUACUCAAAUGGCUUUGAAUCGAAAGGAAUCGAAGAAUGAAGAAAAAAGAAGGAGGAAGUUGAUGAAUAAUAUUGAGAAUGAAAAAUAAAAAUGGGUAAGAGAAGGGAGGCGCAAAAGAGACCUGCUGCGCGAAUUCGGGAUUGAAGAUCAAUAUUCAGUGAAAGAGAGAAAGAGAGAGAGAGAGGGAGAGAGAGAGGGAUUCGCUGUGAGCUGCGAGCGGCAACGUGCUGACAAAACGCACGCGCGAGACGAAAGCACAGGAGCACGUUUCUCUUGGCUGCUGCCGCUGCUGCUGCUGCUGUAAGUGGAGGUGCCUUCAAGCGCACCUUAGCUAAUCGUUGCAUUUUAGACGGUGUGAUUUUUCGGCGGGCGUGGUCGUGCAUCGCGUGAUCGCACACAUCGGUCUUGUGUAAAUCUCGGAGCUCUCCUGCCGAUCGCACGUGAGUAUCGUCAAGUGAAAGCAGAUGUUCCGCCUUAUGGACCCCCUGUCUUGCGAUAGUACAUCGCGUGUUAUCUCAAUAAUAAAAUUCGACUGUUGGGGGCUGAUAAUAUAUUCUAUUUGCAGUCGAUGACACCGCAAUGACGAAAUCUCAUGAAAAUUGUGGGAGGAAUUUUUUGUUAGGGUUUACACGUAAAUGCCUUUGGACAAGUCCGUGUGAUAAUCUUGCUCGUGUUUUUUAUCACCUGAUAUCGCGAGGAUUGAAAUUUUUCUGGAGAAUUUGUCGCGAGAAUUAUUUUAGAAAAAUAUUUUGACGUUUAACACUAAGCUUUCUUCACUUUUAAUUCUUAAAAAAAUUACGAGAGGAAAUUAUUACUAAAAAUUUACAGAAAUUGAAACAUCAGUCUGAGCUCGGCUUUAAACGAAAAAAAAUUUGGAAUCAUCCUAUAGACUCGUACAGGUGUUCUAAUCUGUUUAAUCGUACAAAUUAAAUAUAAUUGGCCUAAGUGGAUAAAGAAAGAUUCGAGCGAGCACAUUUUGAUUUUCGCGCGAGUACAUCGAUAAGGAUUAAUUUCAGCUCAGUAAUUCUGACGUACCAGUAGCUCCAAGACGCGCAAUUCCAGCAGGUACCUGUGGUACAUUCCACGGUGCAUGCUGGAGGAAUCGCGCGACUGCGCCAAAUGACAGUUGGAUGCAGCUUUAUCGUUUUACGAGCUUAGCCGUGUAAUUUGCGCGCGUUACACGCACGCAAUCAGCAGAUCGCGUGCGAUCGUCGUGCGGGUGAACGUGCUGACGGAAUCGAAGUUCUGGUUUCUCGCGAGGAAGAGUUCGUAAGGACUGGAUCUCUCUGUCGCGAUGUCUGAACGAUUUUGAUUUGUGUCAUCGUGUGACGUUGGGAGAGUCGAGAGUGAACGAAAGUGAAUAAAAGUGUACAGUUAUCAUCAGUUUGCCAAUCUAAUUUAGCCAAACAAUCCUUUAAUCGUUUAAAUUAAUCUUCUUCAUUUGUAAGAAUAAUGAACUGAUAAAAAUUGAUAAAAAUUAUCAAUUCCACGCACAUGUUAUGGAUAUUGGGGAAUGAGGAUGGAGCCCUUGAGGUGAAGGAGGAUCCUCCAUUCGCGUGAUUGCGUAAAGAAUUCAAGUACAAGAACCUAGAAAAACUAUACACGAUUUAUCACAGAAGAAUACAAUAUGGCUAUCUCUCAAUAUUCAUCUUGCUACAGCUGUUACUCGGAUUUAUGUAUUGUUUGUCUCUGGUCAUAACGGUCAGCAUGAAGAAAUGCUUGGUGGAAAUUGUAGUCUACUGUAUCGUGGGCGCUCUGUUGUGUCCUGUGAUCGCCUUAUCAUUCCGAUCGAGGCACAUCGCCAAGAACAACUAUUUGCCGGUCAUGCUAUCCUGGAUGAUUAUUGUGCUCUUGGUCGCUUGCGAUCUGACCAUACCUCUAUAUUAUGUCUUCAAUUGCAACGAGAAUAUCCCGCGAUUAAGACCGGCGUACGCCACGCACUCGCUUCUCGCAUGCUACGUAUUCCUGCCGAUCACGAAGAAUUCGCACGCUCUCGUGCUCGGCCUUACGGCCAGCAUGUGUUACUUGACGACCCUGUCAAUAAUUACCUACGGAAACAGCAACACGCCCGAGAUUGUUACCAAGAUCGUCAGCGACGCGAUAUAUUUCGUGUGCGUGAACGCUCUGGGACUCUACUUCAGGUUCAUGAACGAGGUUGUCAUCAGGCGUUCCUUCCUGGACCGCCGGAAGUGCGUCGAGUCCACACUCAGGCUCAACUAUGAGAAGGAUCAAGAAGAGCAAUUAACUCGAAGUAUAUUACCGCAACACAUAGUAGCGAAAAUAAAAAAGGACUUCCGAGACAUCUUCAAAUUUAUAGAGGAGCACAAGAAAAGUCCUCCGCCCAAAGGCAGGCCGUACAGCGAUUUGUGCGUGGAGACGCACGACAACGUGAGCAUCCUGUACGCGGAUGUGGUGAACUUCUCCGGGUUGACCGUGACGCUGCCGAUACGAAAACUCGUGGAGACAUUAAACGAUCUGUUUGGCAGUUUCGACGAGGCGUCCGAGAGGCACAAUGUUCUGAGAAUCAAAUUUUUGGGCGACUGUUACUACUGCGUGAGCGGCGUGCCCACACCGAACUCUCAGCACGCCAAGAGCUGCGUUGAUCUCGGGCUUGAUAUGAUAAAAAUCAUCAACGAGGUGAGAGCGCGAGUCUAUCGCGAGAGCGGGGUGGACGUGAACAUGAGGAUUGGCGUGCACUCGGGGAACAUAAUAUCCGGAAUCCUGGGGACGAACAAGUGGCAAUACGACGUUUGGUCGCGCGACGUCGUGAUAGCGAAUAAAAUGGAGCAGACUGGCAAGCCCGGCAAGGUCCACGUCACUCAGCAGACUCUGGAUCUCGUGAACGCGAGCGACUACAAUUACAUCCCCGUCGAAAGGCUGGACGACGAGGUCCUACGAAAAUACGGAAUACGCAGCUAUCUCAUUACACCGUCUCUCCCGGAAACGCCGUUACCGUCGCUGACGCGCGAGAACAGUUUAACGGCCAUUAAUCCGGACACGUCGACACUGUUGUAUUCCACGCCUAACAAGCAGCACUACGUCAAGUUCAACAAUGGACGCACCAAUACCAUCAUCAGCACCAAUUCCAGGACGAGGAUGAUGGCGAACAAUCAGGCGGACGUUUUCGCGAGCACUUGCAGACGGAGAACGCACUUCAUGGAUUCUUGCCUACGGGAUUAUCAUCUGAUGUUGAAAGCGGCGGACGCCGAGAUGGAAAAUGCCAUUAAUCAGAUGCCUCUCAGCAAAUGGGAACAAUGGAGCAACUGGAAGCACAUAAAUCCACUCUUCUUGACAUUUCGACAAUGGAGCUGGGAGAUUCCAUUUCUCCGCGAGCCGGACCCCGUCUUCAAGUUUUACAUAGUCUGCUCCGCCUUCGUACUCAUCUUCAUGGGAGUCAUGUAUCUCGUGCCCACGUUUAUGCUCUCUCAGUGUUACUUGAGCACCCUUGUCGGUUAUUCAUCGGCAUUGAUGUUCCUGAUCGCUUUAAUACCUCUCACGUGGAUGCAUUUCAUAUGGAAUCGCUGCAAGGACCCGCACGAUGAGCACGAAGGACACAUUCCGCAUCCACGAAACAAACUGCUGUAUUUUUUUUAUCAAACAAGUGUAAAGGUUGUCUGGAGUGCUCUUCUGAGGACUAUUUUGUAUGUGGUGAUCACAAUAAUGUUAGCAGCGUGCGCCAUGCUGGACAUGAUUUUCGAAUGUAAAAACAGCCCAAUGGACCACAACGACACAUCCGAGUAUACGGAUUUCAACCCCUCCAAGUUUGAAUGCAUAUCUACACCUUGGCAAAUGACAGCGACCUGUUCAUUGGCGAUUCUCACGAGCUUUCUUUUCCUGAGGGUUCACUACAUCUUGAAAUUCGCGAUAAGCAUCUGCGUGGUAGCCUUUUACGCGUGGAACGUUUGGGUGCAUCGAUCCAAUAUAUUUCAGUACAGCGACACGUGGAAUCCUUACAUGAACGCGAGACUGGCACAUAUAUUGACCGUGGUGUUUCUCACAUUCUCCUUGCACCUCAUUGAUCGUCAGGCAGAAUACUUGAGCAGGCUGGAUUAUCAAUGGAAGCGUCAGUUAACGAAGGAGCAGGACGAAGCGUUUCACACGAGAAAUGCCAACAAGCUUUUACUCCGUAAUAUUUUGCCGGAACACGUCGCGGAGUUUUAUUUGAACAUGAACCGUACCGAGGAGAAUGAGCCCUAUCACGAGGCUCACAACAACGUUGCCGUGAUGUUUGCCUCUCUGACGGAGCUGUCGAUCAUCGAGAGUAACAUCCUUAGCGAUCUGAACGAGAUUAUUUGUGAAUUCGACAAAUUGCUCUUCGAUCCUUGUUUCAUGUGUCGCAUAGAGAAGAUAAAGGUUGCCGGAACAACAUAUAUGGCAGCUUGCGGAUUGGAAGCGCAUCGACGUGAUUCGAUGCACAGCACCGAGAGCGACGAGAGUUGCAGCGACAAUGUGGUCAAGGUGAUGGCGCAAUUUGCCGUACAAAUGAUGUCCGUGCUCGACAGAAUGAACGCGAGAUCGUUUACCACGUCGAAACCUCACAAAUUAAGGAUCGGCAUUUCUCAUGGGGAGGUCACGGCCGGCGUCGUGGGGGCUCAAAAGCCGUUGUACGACAUUUGGGGCGACGCGGUAAAUAUGGCAUCCAGGAUGGACACGACUGGAUUACCAGGAAAAAUACAGGUAACAGCGGAUACGGCUGCCGUCUUGGAACAGCAGGGUGUCAAGUGUCAUCUACGUGGUGAAACAUACGUCAAACCGAAGGGAGAGGUCACAACGUACUUUGUAGGCAUCGACGAGGAGGGAAUGUUGGAAAGAGUAGAUGCGGGGGAAGAGAGUACUAGUUUAUGACAAACGAUGAACGAUAACUCGAAUAAUUAAUUUCAGCGAUCAAGCUCCCCCGAUUAAUAAAUCGGGGAUUAAAGGGGUGCAAUGUGUAGUCGAAUAGUCGCUUUCGUGCUCGCUUUUAAUUGAGAUGAUAACAAAAUUACGAUUAAAGAUUAAAAUAUUUUUUUUUAUUUCAAGAUGCAUCUCCAAUUGAGUUUAAUAUACGAAAUAUAUUUAAGAAGAGAUUGCCUAUGAGAUAAAUCACUUAUAAUAUUCAUACGAGAGAAGACCUAUUUGUAAUCUAUCGUAUGAUAAAGAGAAUUGAUACACAGCUAAAAAUAUUAUGAGAACACAAGAAGCGACUUACGUUAGUUACACCCUGUAAUAUUUGGGCGAGCAUGAGGAAGUGGAGAAACCAAAGAAAGUCAGAGAGACCAAAGAAGGUGGAGCACGAGAGGACGUGAAAUGACAGUAGAAUAACAUAAGGGGAUGUACAAAUGACUUAAGUUAUACGCGAGGACGCGAUAUAGCGUCGUUUUCCUGCGAGUCGACUGCUAUCACCGAGUAACAAUAGUUCUAAUCAAAAUGAAAGACUAUAUAUAUGUGCGUACAUAAUUAAAAUUAUGGCAAUGUUUUUACUAGAUCAUGUUGUUUGAAAGAUAUGCCUAAACAGAGAUAUAUCUACAUCGAGCUAGUUCACACAUUAAUCACUAUUAUUGGAUUGGCUCGAUCUCCUAUGAAGCAUGCGAUUCUAGGAUAUUCCGAUUUGCUCAGAGAAGAAUAUUUUACAACAUUUGAUGUCGCACUGUCUAUAAGGACGUUAAUUCAAUGGCUAUAUUUCCAUAAUAAAGAAAUUCAAAGGCAUUAUACAAUGUUAUAAAUUUUUAAUGUAAAAUGCAAAAUGACGUGAAGAGAAUUUUGUCUUAACAAAAUGCUAAAUACCUUUAAGAAAUAUUCUAAGAACAUAUGCGUGUACCCUAAGAAUACCUCAUACAGUCGUUAAUCUAAUCGAUUGAAUAAUCUCAUAUUGCAAAUACAUAUUAAAUAACAGAUCAAGACAGAUAAACGUCCGAAGAUUCUUGAGGAUAUAUCCAUUGAAUGUUCUUAGAACUAUAUUUUGCUAUGUGAAAAGAGUGAUAUUGGAAAAUCGUACUUGUUUGUUCAUAUCUGUGCCAUCAAAAACAGGCUGGUACAAUUGAAAAGCAGAAUGUAGUUUAUAAUAAUAUAUCUCUUUGACAUGUAUCUACUGGCAAAAUAGAUGACGAUAUGUCACAAUAAAAAAUUGUCUGACGAAAAGAGAGUUCUAUUUCGCUUCACAAUUAAGACAACCGAAAGAAUUUGCGACGAGGUUGACAUCCAUUCAAAAAUACUAGUUGUCAAUUCGUGAGCGCGCAUCACAAAAACUAAUAACGUAUGUCUCUCUUCUUUGCGUUUGUUUUUCUGAGUGUUGCUCAUUGUUUUAUGAUUACGUAUCGUAAGGUACAAAGAUUACGAUGAGAAAAACAGCACAUUUAUUUUUAUAUCAAACGCAGGAUAUAAAACAGAUUAUAACAGCGGAUCAUUUAAUUGUUUAUUUGUAAAUAUUUUUUGUAUAUAUUUUUUAAAUAUUAGAAAUAACUGACUAAUGUGAUUGUCCAACGAUUUGAAUAAAAUAUUUAUUACAGUGUA